UCUGCCUCUGACACUGGAAGUUGGUCUUUUCCCUGCUUGGAGAGGGCAAGUGAACAGGCCGUACCAGCGAGGAAGAGGAAGAGCAGCGCCAUGAGGUUGCUGCGGAUGGACUUCGUCAGGUGUCCAGCAAUGGCGGCUUGUAGUAUCAGCUUUGGCAUAGGUAAAGGUAAAGGUAAAGGGACCCCUGACCAUUUAGGUCCAGUCGUGAUCAACUCUGGGGUUGCGGCAUUCAUCUUGCUUUAUUGGCCGAGGGAGCUGGCUUCUGGGUCAUGUGGCGAACCAGAGCAGCGCACGGAAACGCCGUUUACCUUCCCGCUGGAGUGGUACCUAUUUAUCUACUUGUAUUUUGACGUGCUUUCGAACUUUGGCAUAAGAAGAAGAAGAAGAAGAAGAAGAGGAGGAGGAGGAGGAGGAGUUUGGAUUUGAUAUCCCGCUUUAUCACUACCCGAAGGAGUCUCGAAGCGGCUAACAUUCUCCUUUCCCUUCGUCCCCCACAAUAAACACUCUGUUAGGUGAGUGGGGCUGAGAGACUUCAAAGAAGUGUGACUAGCUCAAGGUCACCCAGCAGCUGCAUGUGGAGGAGAGGAGACGCGAACCUGGUUCCCCAGAUUACGAGUCUACCGCUCUUAACCACUACACCACACUGGCUCCUCUUCCUCCUAAGGGGUUGGAAACUGAAACAUUCUCACGAGCCUUUGUAAAUUUCAUUAUCAAUAGUCAUUAGAGGUCCGAAGACCCUUUGUGUAUCAAUGUUCUGAAACUAGAAGCCAUUAUCACUGGCUCUUUCAGUGUAGGCAUUCCUGCUGUCACACAGUGUGUGAAAAUCACGGCGCCACCCAUGGGGUGAAAAACUGGCAUUUCAGUUGACCAGGAGACACCAUUCAUUUUGCAAAUCUCUUCGCUAACUGAUUGGUUUACUUGAUUAGAAAGCUGGACGAAGAAGCCAUUAUCUGGGGCUAGGAAAUAGAAUCAAUCUGAUUAUUCGAAGCUGCCUUUCCUCUGGAAUGCAUAAACACCAAGCUGUUUGUGUCAAAUGGGGACAAAAGAGUGGGAAGCACAAUGUAAGGGAUGAAAUCCUCCGAUGUCGUAAGUCCCGUGGAGAUGCCAUAGAGGGAAUGGUCUGAUCGUGGGGAAAGGGUGGAAGGAUCUCAGAGAGCUGGGGCUUGAGGACUCCAGGGAGGGUGGCAGCGGCUUGCAGGAGGCAAAGUCAGCCCUCAUCCCCCCAAAAUGUCAGAACCCGAGGAGGCAGGUAGUGAGCUAGAGAGUAAGGAGCUGGAUCCAGGGGAGGGACCAAGUGUUCUGAGAAGUGUUCUGCCACUGCAUUUUAUAUUUUAUUUCAUAAAAUGUAUAUAGCUGAAGUUAGUUGUUGUAGCUGUUUAGUCGUUUAGUCAUGUCCGACUCUUCAUGACCCCAUGGACCAGAGCACGCCAGGCACUCCUGUCUUCUACUGCCUCCCACAGCUUGGUCAAACUCAUGUUCAUAGCUUUGAGAACACUGUCCAACCAUCUUGUCCUCUGUCGUCCCCUUCUCCUUGUGCCCUCCAUCUUUCCCAACAUCAGGGUCUUUUCCAGGGAGUCUUCUCUUCUCAUGAGGUGGCCAAAGUAUUGGAGCCUCAGCUUCAGGAUCUGUCCUUCCAGUGAGCACUCAGGGCUGAUUUCCUUUAGGAUGGAGAGGUUUGAUCUUCUUGCAGUCCAUGGGACUCUCAAAAGCAUCAAUUCUUCGGUGAUCAGCCUUCUUUAUGGUCCAGCUCUCACUUCCAUACAUCACUACUGGGAAAACCAUAGCUUUAACUAUAUGGACCUUUGUUGGCAAGGUGAUGCCUCUGCUUUUUAAGAUGCUGUCUAGGUUUGCCAUUGCUUUUCUCCCAAGAAUCAGGCGUCUUUUAAUUUCGCGACUGCUGUCACCAUCUGCAGUCAUCAUGGAGCCCAAGAAAGUUGAAGUUAGUAAUGCAGCUAAAUACCAAUUGCUAGAAACCACAGGAGGGGAGAGUGCUCUUGUGCUUGGACCCUGCUUGCAGGUUUCCAACGUGAGGAGAGAAUGGUGGACUGGAUGGGCCAUUGGCCUUAAGAACAUAAGAAGAGUCCUGUGGAACAUGCAAAUAGUACUACUCCCCCCACCCCUGCAAUCUACAUGUGAUAUAUACCAUCAAGCCACACUGAAAUGAAUGGGAAGGGAUUGCACAAGAAAGAAUAACGUUCUUGCCUACAUUUGGGUCAUUUCAACUGGGCUUGCCCAGGACCAUUCUCAGUCUCGUUUUCUGCUACCUUUAAUGGCAUUCAAAAACUGCCAGCUGAUGCAGCUGCCCCACGAUCACAUAGUUGGAAGGGGUCUUGCAGGCUACUUAGGAUGACUGGUUUAUUCAGUAGCUAUCCUGAUCUCUUUAUGUGGUGGUUAAACUAUGUCUGAUCUUUAUUGAGCAGCCAUUCUGAUUUGUUUGUGGGGUGGUUAUAUGACAGCAGGCUUUCAUCUUGAUUUGCUUAUGGGGCGUUUACACAUCUUCCCACUAAUCACCCAUUCGUCCUAUGCUUUUCAGUGCAUUUCUCUGUCACUUUUCAAGACGCAAGGAUUCUGUCUUUUAAAAAGUAGGUUUGUUCCUUUAAGGCCACAGAACAGUUUAAUCCACUGUAAAUGCACAAACCUAAAGUUCUGGUGUGCGCUUGAAUCCCUCCUGCAACAUACUAACAGCCUGGAGUUACCUCUAGGUCAAUCCCGUGCGUAAUGCAGAGCAUACCCAAAAGAUGGCUAGCCAGCUUUUGCUUGAAGAGCCACCAUCCUUCUAGGUAACUGUUUCCAUUAUUCCACUGACCAUCAAGGAGUUUCUCCUAAUAUUCAACUGACAUCUACCAUCCUGUUACUUAAGCCCUUUAGAUCUAGUCCCGUCCCCUGGGGCAGCAGAGAACAUGUCUUUGCCCUAUUUUAUAUGAUAGUCCUUUGUGUAUUUAAAAAGUACUAUUGCGUCCCUCUACAUUCUUCUCCUCCAAGCUAAACAUUCCCAGCAUCUUCAGCCUUGGUUUGCAUAGUGCUGGCCAUCUCCAUUACGCUCUUCUGAGCCCAUUGCAAUUUGUCUAUAUCCUCCUUGAAGGGUGGCGGGUGGCGCUGUGGUCCAAACCAUUGAGCCUCUUGGGCUUGCCUGUCGGAAGGUCAGCAGUUCGAAUCCACAUGAUGGGGUGAGCUCCUGUUGCUCUGUCCCAGCUCCUGCCAACCUAGAAGUUUGAAAGCACACUGCUGCAAGUAGAUAAUUAGGUACCGCUGUGGCAGGAAGGUAAUUGGCAUUUCCGUGUGCCCCGGCUUCCAUCACAAUGUCCCGUUGCGCCAGAAGUGGUUUGGUCAUGCUGGCCACGACCCGGAAAACUGUCUGUGGACAAAUUCUGGCUCUCUCGACCUGAAGCAAGAUGAACGUCACACCCCAUAGUCACCUCUGACUGGACUUAACCAUCCAGGGGUCCUUUAACCUUUUUAAAAAAAAUAUCCUCCUUAAAGUGCUCCAGAUAAUGUCUGACUUGCACAAAAAGUGGUGAUACUAAAUCCUUGGGAACUUUGGUUCUACUGAUUUGUGCUUGGAUCACUUCUGAGUCAUGACACACGUUAGCAGAGACCUUUGUGAUCAUAUUCUGCAGGAUGUGUGCGAUACCAUUAGCGUACUGGAGCGGUAAAGCUGGUACCAAUUUUAGAACAAGGAUGGCAGGCAGCAAGACUAUAAGGUGCACAGACUUCCUCGUGCUUCUUCCAGCUUCUUAAAAAGUCUGCAAUGAUCAUCACUGACCAGAGGUCUCGGCAGCUGCCUGAAAAGUAAAUGGGAUGCCCUUCCCUCCUUGCAAGGAUUUUGUGAGCGGAGGUUUGGCCCUAAGAAGCAGCAUGCAGAUUGUGCCGCAGUGUCAGUUCCUUGACAAUCGGUGACACUCGAAGCUUUCAGCAAAAAGAACAGAUUGAAGACAGAUUGCACGGAUGAUGUGCUGUGGUGCUACAUAGAUAGGGAGUGGCUACAGAGAUAUUUAAUCAUUCAACAUUAACACAAGACAUCUGUCACCAUGCUCAGCAGUGAUGGGGCUUUGCUGCAGCUUGGAGCAAAAACAAUAUGUUCUGGACCUCAUAAUCACUUGAGGGGAAAUUCUACUUUUGCAAAGAGUUCUCUUAAGCGAACAGUAUAAAUCUGUAUAUUUUAUUAUAGCAAUCCCAACUCAAAUCCUUCAAUAAAUGGAGUUGUUAUUAAUGUGCAGCUGUUAAAUAACAAAAAAGCAAUAACAGAUGAAUCCCCGAAUAAUCAUGCUGAUCUCAAAUGGUAUGAACAAGGAACCAAAAUAAAUGCCUACAUAUUUUUAUUAUUGUUUUCAAUACAUGUUUCAGUUUCCCCCCAAAUCCUUGAUUCUUAAUUCCUCCCCCUGAAAUGUCUCAUUCUGUAAUUUAAAUUGUUAUGUGUGUGUUUGCUUGUUUAUUUCAAUAUUCAUAUACCACCUUUCUAUGGUGAUGUGUACUCAAGGCAGCGUACAGAAUGUGCGUGUAUAAUGACCAAAAUACUCUUUAAAAAUAACAACACCUAAAAUACAGUCCUAAUAAGAAAGCUUAGGCAAGUGACAGAAAACAAGACCAUAAAACACAUAAUCGAAAAGGUUCUAAAUAAAUGAUGCCUUAAAAAUAGAAGAUUGUGAAAUUUUGAUAUUUUAUGGAUUCAAGCACAGAAGUAAAAUGAGAUGGAUACAAGCCCAGUUAAGAACAACAGCUUUAGAAAAGACAUGUUUUGAGAGGUUUCUGAAUUAACUUUGCUCCCCAGAUGGUGUAGGCUGGUACAUAAAUUUCUGAGAACAUUCCAGUUAUUUAGUAGCAUACUGUGGGUACAGCUACUAUACUGCGAGUCUUGUGACUUCAUCCUAUGCAUCCUCCAUCAAAAAGCACACUGAUGCCUGUGUCAUCGAAAUAUUCUCAUGACUGUAUUCCUUGAAUGAGGACCCCCUGCCGCUACUAACAGUGCUACAGAUGUGUAUUAUUUAUUUGUUUCAUUUCUGAACGCAGUUUAACAAUGGAAACAUAUAUCGAAACAUUUUCAAAUCCAAUACAGGUGCAGACUUGGAUAAAAAUCUCCACUUUAAAAAACUUGUUGGGAAAGCCAGGUCUUCAACAGGUAGGCUUUGAGAUGGCCCCUAUCAAAAAAGCAGUGGGAGGAAGUUCCGGAGGGUAGGUGCUGUUACAUUAAAGGCCCAGUUCCUACAUUGUAUGGAACAAACCACCUGGUGAAAUGGUGUCUAUAGGAGGCCCUCUCCUGCAGAAUGCUUCAUUCAGUUGACUAUGAAUGAGGUAAAAUGAAAUUUCAGGUAAAGGUAAAGGACCCCUGGACAGUUAAAUCCAGUCUAAGACGAGUAUGGGGUUGCGGCACUCAUCUUGCUUUCAGGCCGAGGUAGCCGGUGUUUGUCCACAGACAGCUUUCCGGUUCAUGCAGCCAGUAUGACUAAACCACUUCUGGUGCAAUGGAACACCGUGAUGGAAACCAGAGUGCAUGGAAAUGCCGUUUACCUUCCCGCUGCAGUGGUACCUAUUUAUCUAUUUGCAUUGGUGUGCUUUCAAACUUCUAGGUUGGCAGGAGCUGGGACAGAGCAACGGGAGCUCACUCUGUCGCAGGGAUUUUAACCGCUGACCUUCCAAUCGGCAAGCCCAAGAGGCUCAGUGGUUUAGACCACAGCGCCGUCCCAAGCAUGCCAGUACCAGCACUUUGAACUUAGCCCAGUCGCUAUCUGCAAUUCUUUCAGUAGCAGCAUAACAUAAUGGUGACUCCAGCGAGCAAUUCAGCUGCUGCAUUUUGCAUUAGCUGCAGCUUCUGAGUCAACUUCAGGGACAGCCCCACAUAAGAGUAAAAGCCACUUCUGGGAUUAUAGCGGAAUAUAUGACAAGUUUACCACACCAUUCCAUAUUAUUUGCAAAUGGAUCCCCCCCCCCAAAGCAAAUAAUAUGGAAGUUAGCACCAAACUUGCACUAUUUUGCACUAUUGUUCUAGAAAUGGCUUUUACAUUGUGUGAAAGCUCAAACGUAAUGUGGAACUUAACAGUCAGAGAAACAUUGCGAAAACAGAAUAAACUGCCAUGUGAAUGUAGCCUCGGAUAUGGAAAACAGUCCACUAGUUUUCCUGAUUAUAUUAUUAGUGCUUCUGCCCUGCUUUCUCAUGUUUCUUUCAGACUGCAGUACCUGCUGGGUUAUAGAACUGUGGCUUUUUGACUGGUAUAUGAGCAUGCUAUACUAAGUUCCAUUCAUACCAGUGGGUGUGGUGUGGCACAACAAUGAAUAUUAUUGGAAGAAGAAGAAGAAGAGUGGAUUUGAUAUCCCGCUUUAUCACUACGCAAAGGAGUCUCAAAGCGGCUAACAUUCUCCUUUCCCUUCCUCCCUCACAACAAACACUCUGUGAGGUGAGUGGGGCUGAGAGACUUCAAAGAAGUGUGACUAGCUCAAGGUCACCCAGCAGCUGCAUGUGGAGGAGCAGGGAAGCGAACCUGGUUCACCAGAUUAUGAGUCUACCGCUCUUAACCACUACACCACAUUGACAAUAUUGCUACUCCCCUAUGCUUCCUGCACACACCUGCUUCUGUUCCCCUGUGAGUCACCCAUGAAAACAGCAGGAAUGAACUGUAUGCAGGUAUACCACCUCAAAUUCCAUCUCUGUACACCCAUGAUAUUCUGCAUUAAUGGGGGUUGCAAAUGGUUUUCUUCCUGGAAGGAAUUAACAUGGAAAUGAGCACUAAACCUCUACUCUAUUCUGCUAGAUUUAUGGAAGUGGCUUUUACGUUGUGUGAAAGCUCACAUUUAAUGUAGAAAUUAACAGUUAUAGAUAUGUUGGGGAAACAGAAUAAACUGCUGUGUGAAUGUAGCUAAAGUCUGCUUCUGCCACUCUGGCAUCGUUUUGACUUCUCCCUCACCUCAACAACCAUUUAAGGCUCCAUUCUCCACUGUAAACAAAUAUAGGAUGAACAUGGAGGGUGGUUACCCACAGAUGUUAGUGUGAGAUUGUGUUAUAGGGUUCUGGCUUUUGAAAAUGUUGUUAGCUUUCAGCAGUCUGCAGUAGUCUACAUUUAUGUUAUUUUGAUGAAGUCAAAGCAAUAUUCGUCUUUCUUGGGAGCUGUCCAAGGCUCUACACAAUCUAAGCCAUCCUUGGCUACUUGAAACCUGUUCUCCUUACUUGGUUUUUUGAUGAUGGAUGACCCAUGGCCUGGGUCUGUACCCUCCAGAUCUUGUAAAGUUUCCUGUGGGCUCAUUCUUUCUUGAGUUGGGUACAAUCCUGUACAGCUGCUGUUCAUUUCACAUGUUUAUUUGGCUACUCUGCCCCUCCCAUUUUACCCUCACAACAACCAUGUGAGGUUGCUUAGGCUGAGAUUUAGCAGCUGGCCUGAGCACCAGCCAGAAAGAUUAAUGGUUGAAUGGGAAUUUGAACCCAUGCCUAAAUCCAACUCUGAACGUGGCAACUUCUCCGCCUUGGAUUGGGCCCUAACAUGUGCUCGAACCCCUCAGUAAUUUCUGCAGUCCCAAGCAGGCAAUGAAACAGGACAUCUAUUGAGCCUUUGGUGGGCUGACAUACAUGGUUUGUGAGGGGGGUGUUGUAAGUCUUGUGUUAUAUCCAUUUUAGAGAUUGAUCAGCUGAGGCGAAGAGAUUUUAACUUUUCUAUGAAAACUAUCAAUGAAGUUGAAAGCAGGCACGGGAUGAAAUCAAGUAAACCUCCUUAACUUCUUGUCUCCCAUAAUUAGGAAGGAUAUUUUUCCCACUGAAAAUAAUUAAAGAUGGCACCUAUAUAGCUGUAGUACCAGAAGGAGUUUAGUCCUUGAAAGCAAUGAUGCACAACUGUUAACUCAAGUUUGGGUGUCAGUCUGCAUUUGGAAGAAGAUGACAGCCAUUGGUGAAUUCUAAAUGCGACAGGGUGCUUCUUUAUCUUAUGGUCAUAUGUCUAUUUUAAUUUUUAGAUGGGUUAACUUUCCCCCCCACUCCAAGCCAUACUUUGCAACAGGGGGCUUCCCUCUGAAAAUUAAUACCAUAUGGUAAGCUAUUCAAGCUAUCAAACUUGGAUAGUAAUUAAUAUAGAAAUACUUCUGUGGAUGCUUUGUAACCCAGUGUGUGCCAAUUAGAGAUGGGUGAACUGGCCUGGAAAUAGUAAAGGAUCAGACAUGCUUUAACCCAGAUUUCUAACUGUGCUGAAUUCUGUGCCAGGCAGCUCUUAGAAAGCGCAGAUCUGUGCCUCUUAAUCCCCCUGCCCAUUACUCAGGGUAAACUCAAUUGAGUAUGGCAAAUGGUUUUCAACCCGUACUCCAGACCACUUAAAUUGCUGGGUAUCUCAACACACCACUUACUAAACUUUGUCCUUUGGUGCUGGCAUCAUCAACAUCAGCAUCAUCAUCAUAAUGAGGCCCUGGGCCAGGCUAAGAAGGGCCCUUUAUUAUUUAUUAAAUUUCUAUACUUCUCUUCAUCGAAGGAUCAGAGGGCAGCUUACAAUAUAAAAACAGGAAAAAAUGCAUGCUAUACUAAUGAACACACACACACACACACACACACACCCGUUUAAAAGGCCAUACUUUCUUUAGUUAGCCAAAAGACGGAGAAGAGGAAUACUUUUGCCUGAUGCCUAAAGAUAUGCAAUGAAGUUGCCAGGUAUGCUUCUCUGGAGAGUGCAUUCCACAAGCGGGGAGCCACCCUCCGAACCUCUCAUGGAGGAGGCACACAAAGAAGAGCCUCCAGAUCACCCUCUCUUCCUGCCCAGUUGAGAAAACAUGGUCCAGAUGCGUUGGACUGUUGACAUGUUGGGACAGCCCCAUGGUUAUGAAGUCCUGAGCCACCCCAGAGGGGAGGGAAAGGUAAGGGACCAACUGCUUGAUGCGGCGAAAAAAUGUCGCCUUGGCAUGGAUGUUGAAGUCCCCCAGAACGCGCCGUGUGAGAUUCCUCAACACUGUUUCUGAUGGCCACCAACUUGGAUGGCUGUAAAAUAAUAAUAAUAAUUUUUAUUUAUACCCCGCCCUCCCCAGCCAAGGCCGGGCUCAGGGUGGCUAACAAGCAAUAAUAAAAACAAGUUGAAUGAAUACAACUUAAAAACAAGAUUAAAAUACAACAAUUAAAAUACUGAAACAUUAAAAUAUUUAAUUGCAGCCUCUUCACAGGAGGAGAAAGGAAAAAGGAAAAAGAAAGGGGGGGAAUCAAAUUGGCUCCAAGCCAAAGGCCAGGCGGAACAACUCUGUCUUACAGGCCCUGCAGAAAGAAACCAGAUCCUGCAGGGCCCUGGUCUCAUGAGGCAGAGCGUUCCACCAGGCCAGAGCCAGUGUUGAAAAGGCCCUGGCUCUGGUUGAAGCUAAUCUAACUUCCUUAGGGCCCAGGACCACUAGAGUGUUGCUAUUUAUGGACCUUGAGGCUCUCCGUGGGGCAUACUGGGAGAGGAGGUUCCGUAGGUAUGAGGGUCCUAGGCCGUGAAGGGCUUUAAAGGUCAAAAGCAGCACCUUAAAUCUGACCCUGUACUCCACCGGGAGCCAGUGCAGCUUGAAAAGCACUGGGUGAAUAUGCUCCCAUGGCAGAGACCCUGUGAGGAGCCUCGCUGCAGCAUUCUGUACCCGCUGGAGUUUCUGGAACAGCUUCAAGGGCAGCCCUGCUUGGAGCGAAUUACAGUAGUCAAGCCUGGAGAUGACCGUUGCAUGGAUCACUGUGGCCAGGUCGGGGCGGGAAAGGUAAGGGACCAACUGCUUGAUGCGGCAAAGGUGGAAAAAUGUCGCCUUGGCUGUUGCUGUAACCUGCGCCUCCAUGCAAAGGGAGGCAUCAAGGAUUACACCCAAACUCUUAACGGAAGGCAAUGGCACUAAUUGGGCCCCCGCAAGAGAAGGGAGUAUAAAAGAGAAUUAGAUAGAGGCCAGAGAUAUAUAGUCUGAUGCCACAUGCCUGAUCAUCUGUAUUACUGUUUCCCUGGGUAAGGGGUUAUAUACUUGUGGUGGUGUUCUGUGACUGGGUGUUGAGUUACACCAUUCCCUAUGCCCUCUUGUGGUGAUGUGGGCAGGGUGGUCAUGAAUGAGGAGAAGCUAUUUCCUUCCCUCCCACUGAAGUCUGGGAGAGGGAAUUUUUUUGCAGCAAUUCUGAGGCUGGUUUAAAAUUCACUCAUCAAAAGAGCUGCAGUCACAUCAGGAUACAGUGGUACCUCAGGUUAAGAGCUUAAUUCGUUCUGGAGGUCUGUUCUUAACCUGAAACUGUUCUUAACCUGAGGUACCACUUUAGCUAAUGGGGCCUCCUGCUGCCACCACGCCGCCGCCGCCGCACGAUUUCUGUUCUCAUCCUGAAGCAAAGUUCUUAACCCGAGGUACUAUUUCUGGGUUAGCAGAGUCUGUAACCUGAAGGGUCAGUAACCUGAAGCGUCUGUAACCCGAGGUACCACUGUAUAAGGUAACACAAAAGUGUUGCUUUCUGCUGUGCCAUGGAUGUCUUACUACAAUCUUUCCCAUUUUAGCCACCUGAAAUCUUCUUUUAGCAUAUCUGUCGUGGGUGGCCUCAUAGGCUGUGUUUUGCCAGCGUUAGCGGCUGGGGCUGAUGGGAGUUGUAGUCUAAAACAUCUGGAGGGCACCAGAUUGGUGGAGGCUGCUUUAUAGGCUGAUAUUUCACUCUUUUGAUUAAUUUCAUUAAAAAUGUUGGCCAGAGCUUACACUGGAUUAGCAACCAUUAGCAUCUCAUCACUGCAUACUGUACAAUUAUCUGUUCCAUUUUUUUAAUUGAUUAAUUAUAAGCCACUGUUAUGAUAUUAUUCUGAAAUGUAUUUGGUGACAGAUGUUCACUAAAAGGGGACAUGGCAAUAGGAAAAAUACGUAUGUUUUCCUCUCUUUUGAGAGUUUAAACAUUUUAAAGUAUAAUUUAUGUGCUUGCCCAAGAGAACUGUACAAAUUCUUGCACUAUCUCUGGAAAGAGAGCUUUAAGGAUUCUCUGCUUUGUCAAAGUCUUGAACAUGUUCUUUUAUUUCCUUCUUUAAUUAUCAUCUUUCUCUGUAUCUAAUACUAUCUCUAAAUUUCCUGCACUUAACAGCUAAACUGACUAUUAGCUUGUGCUGCUAAAUUUACUGGAAGAAGCAGGAAUGUCACAAUAGCAACAGUUUUGUUCACAGUCUAAAAUGGGCAAACAAGGAAGGGAUGAAGACUAAAAGCUUGGAGGGCAGGCUGGCUAGUGCCAAAUAGCAAGGCAAGGUCCUGAUUUUCAGGACCUUGGAAAGCUCUCGUUCAAGAGAUAUGUUGCCUCAGAGUCACCUGGGACUGACACAGAACACCCUUCUUGUGCAGAGUUUCUGUGUUUCUGAAGCAGUUUUGCUCCUUUUGGAGGAUGUUGAUUUAAUGAAUAUGGCAGCUAUUGUAUGUGGCUCAGAGUUCCUUCUUUGGUGCUUAUAUUUUCUUUUUUCCAUUUUAAUGAGAGGCUCACUAAUGAGCUUGAUGGUUUCUGUUUAAAUUAGCACAUUUGGAAAGAGUGAUCAAAAUAAUAAGUUGAGGCAAUUGGACAAGCAUAGUGCACUAAAAUAAUAGCUCUUUUGCAGAGAGAACUGAAGUGGACAUCCUUUUAGCUAGUUUGCAGCUUAUCACAGCUGGAGUUCCACUACUCAGUUCUGCCGUGUGGCCAGGUCUUCCCACCAGCCCACCAAGUUGCAGCUCCUGUUGUCCUUUCAAUUAACUCUAAUUAGGUAUAAGCAAGUGCAAAUAAUUGCUGUGUCCGCAGCUAAUUUAGUACUUGUGCUAUAUUUAAUUUACAAGUGAUGCUGGACUUUGACUGAAAGACUAAUGGAGAUCCCUCCAUCGACUUCAGAGUAUUUUGUAGAGGGUCCCUUGGUAAAUAGAGACUGAAUUCAGGAAGGCAAUUUUGAAGGGUUUCAGGUGGUUAAAUAAUUUGGCUCACCAGCUGUUUAUUUUAAGCAAGCAGAAUUUACAAUGGCUGGCAAAACACUUGGAUUAUCAAAUUAUUUAAGGAGUUGGAUAUAUGACUUAUGAAGUGCUGUACAUAAUUAAUCCUACAAGGGGGACUUUGAAUUUACAUUCAGUGGCUUCUAAUCAUUAUGGCUAUAUUGUACCUGAAAGACAUUGUUAUGCCUUUGAUCACCACUUGCUGGGAAAGGUAGAUGGGCAGUGUACUGUGGCAUCCAUGUCCAUCUUACAGGCUUCCCAGAGGCAUCUGGUUGGCCACAGUGGAUUUCUUCCACUGUGCAAUUUGCAUGAUAGCAUACAUCAUUUCAGGUUGUGCUUAUGUAACUAUUUUUGAUAUGAUUCUUAAUGUUUGUUUAUAUGCCAAUGGUCAUUACUAAGUGUCUCUGAAGGGACUCAUGGCAAAGGCAGUGGCAGAGACAAGUAAUAUAUACACAUAAACCAUUAAUAGUGUUUUGUCUAAAUAAAAUGAUUUUUAUACAUUACUAAAAUUAAAUCAUUAUCACAUACAGUGGUACCUUGGGUUAUAGAUGCUUCAGGUUACAUACGCUUCAGGUUACAGACUCCGCUAACCCAGAAAUAGUACCUCGGGUUAAGAACUUUGCUUCAGGAUGAGAACAGAAAUUGCGCAGCGGCGGCAGCAGGAGGCCCCAUUAGCUAAAGUGGUGCUUCAGGUUAAGAACAGUUUCAGGUUAAGAGCGGACAUCCAGAACGAAUUAAGUUCUUAACCCGAGGUACCACUGUAGUAACAUAUGAGGCACCACCAAAUUCUCAGCUGUAGCGAAACAAUUCGACUCUUAAAUUUGGUCUUGUCGGAUUUAGCUGUACCUUCUCCACCUCAGCCUCCAAUGUAAUCUUCAAAUAAGUGCCAGAAAAAUAAUGGCAGGCCCUUAUUAAAAAAACCCCCUAUAAAUAUACAGAAACCUCUAAACCUGAGGAACUUCACAUAUUAUUUCAAAUAAUAACUUUACCACCCAACUGUUUCCAAAGCUACCUAAAUGCCCCACUGGGCCUGUGUUCUGUGAAGUAGCUGAAAAGGGUGCUACGUGGUAAGGUAAAAGGUAAAGGACCCCUGGACGGAUAAAUCCAGUCAAAGGUGACUAUGGGUGUGGCAGUCAUCUCGUUUCAGGUCAAGGGAGCCGGGGUUUGUCCACAGACAGAUUUCCAGGUCAUGUGGCCAGCAUGACUAAACUGCUUCGGGUACAAUGGGACAUUGUGAUGGAAGCCAGGGCACACAGAAAUGCCAUUUACCUUCCCGCCACAGCAGUACCUAUUUAUCUACUUGCACUGGUGUGCUUUUGAACUUCUAGGUUGGCAGGAGCUGGGACAGAGCAACAGGAGCUCACUCUGCUGCACGGAUUCAAACUGACCUUCCGAUUGGCAAGCCCAAGAGGGUCAGUGGUUUAAACCACAGCACCACCCACGUCCGGUGUUACAUAGAAACUAGGCACAUUCGCUUAUCUUUAAUUUUAAUUUUAUUGGUUUAGUCUGUUACCAGUGUAAACUAAACAUUCUUUUUGUCACAUACUUAAUGUUGUUCUUCACUCCUGCUCUAAAUACUUGUAGGCAGUAUGGGGUUGAAGCCUUCUGGAUUGUUAACAUCCAAAGGACAAAAUAGGAGCAAAGCAAAACACAGAAAGUAAUCUAUUGAGUGCAGAAAAUAGGGACCUUCCUUGGUAAGUAGGGAGAGUUCGAGCCUAUGGAAUUAAUGGAGCAGAAAAUGCAAUUUUGUCCAUGAUUCUAGAAGGCCAGUGAGGAAUCUGGACACAAAAGGACAUAUUUUGCAUUGUGGCAUUUGCCUCCUAGGUGGGUCAUAAGGAAAGGGUUAAAAUGAGUGUGAUGUGAUUGGCCAGUGAGAACCCCAGGGGAGGAGUUAGAGUGAGAGUUGGAGUUGUGUGAAAGUCAGUUGAGAGUUGGGAGUUGGAGAAGGAAGAGGGAGGUUAUAAGUUUGUGGGUUGGUCAAGUUGUGUGGUGAGAGAGUGAGAGGAACUGUUAGGUGGAGUCAGAUAGAUAGAUAGUUGGGAUAAUCAGUUUGAAGUUGUUAGGAACGAAUAGGACAAUUAACGAACUAAGAUUAAGAAACUGCCAAGAAAAAUUAACUGAAACCAUUAGCUUGUUCAUGCUUAUAAAAAUAAACUUGAUUAUUUGUUAAUGUUAACAACUGUCUGGACUCCGUGUGUACCCAUGAGAAAUGGGUUGGUGGCAGCGAAGAAAAGCAAUUACAGUGGUGGCACAGGGUCAAUAGACCGUCAAACGUCCGGGGACCCUGUGUGAUCGCCACAUGCAUCUUUAACUAAUGUAAACUUUGCACAGCAUUGGGUGGGAGAAAUGCCCUUAAAAUGAAUUUGUUGUUGCUGUGAAUAGAGGCACAUGGGGUGCAAUCCUAUAUAUGUCAGCUCAGAGGUAAGUCCUGCUAAGUCUAAUAGACCAUGCUCCCAGGUAAGUGUGUAUUAGGCUGCAAUCCAGUAUUGUCUGGGAAUAAGUCUCAAUGAACUCAGUGGGCUUAUUUCUGAGUAGACAUGUAUAGGAUUGCAACUGUAAGUGUAUGAGGCAGGUGCCAUUUCAAGUUACCGAAAUAACUGUGUUUUUUUUAAUGGAUAUAUUUUGUAUCUUGCCACGUUAGGAACUGGAUGUUCAUUUACUUUUCUCCCCGCACCCACUGUGUAUUUCUCCACGAAUUAAUUAAAAGAUCUAGCCAGGACUGCUCUGACAGCUGUCUUGCUCUUCCACUUUCCAGCAGUUUGAUUAAUCUGUGACACUCCAGAUGCAAAAGUCGAGUGUGUCAACACACGCUUUGCUCUUAUCUUAAAGUCCAUUUAAAUCAUGACUGCUCUUCUGUUUUUAAUCAAAGAGAAACGCCUUAAGAAAGAAAUCUAUUACCAGGAAUUAGCAAGGAUGUUGACUGGGCACCCUGCAGAUGAGGCUAACAGGAAUAUAUUGCAGAACCAGAAUUGGAGCAUGCCACCAAUUGAAUGGGUGUGGCUUCAGAUAUAUAUUAAUUAUAAAGGACUUUUAGCCUCUCCCUUCCCCCCAGAUGAUACUAAUACACCAUUCCUGUAUCUGAAAUUCAUAUGUGACACCUACACAAGAACCCCUUUUGAGGCAAGGUGCUUGAGAGGGUGGUUGCAGUUCAGCUCCAGGUACUUUUGGAGGAAACCAAUAAUCUGGACCCAUUCCAGUCUGGGUUCAGGUCUGGCUUUGGUACAGAAUCGGCUCUUGUCAUGCUGCUUGAGGGAUAGAAAUGGGGAGUGUGACCCUGCUGCUCCCAUUGGGGCUGUCAGUGGAUUUUGACACCAUUGGCUGUGGUGUACUGCUGGACUAUUUUUGUGGGCUGGGAGCCGAAGGCAGUUUUUACAAUGGUUUCACUCAUACUGGCAUAGAUGAUCUUAGAGAACAGAACUGGGGUGUCUACACCCUGGCAACUCAGUUGUGGGUUACCACAAGGCACUGUUUCGUCCCCAAUGUUAUUAAACAUCUAUAUGAAGCCAUUGAGAACAGUCAUCAGGAAGUCUUCGGUGUCUUCGGUAUACUAACACCCAGUUCUAUUUCUCCAUUAAAUCUGAGUCAGAAGAGGCUGUGCAGAAGCUGAAGCUGAAGGUACGCUAGGUGCAGAUCAGUAGACGGGAGCUGACAAAGGUACUGUAGGUGAAUGGUUCCCAAGUCUGAGAAUUGGGAGUGUUGCCUAGAUUCUGCUGUCCACAAAGGUAAGUGUGGUUACUUGAUAAACAUGCAGAAAGUAGGAUCCUAUCAAUUAAAAGCUAAAGGCAGGCAUUGAUUUGAUCGGUCACUUCAGAGGACUAAGGAGAUAUCAGGUGCAACUAUUGUUGUUGUUGUUUAGUCGUUUCCUACUCUUCGUGACCCCAUGGACCAGAGCACGCCAGGCACUCCUGUCUUCCACUGCCUCCCACAGCUUGGUCAAACUCAUGCUGGUAGCUUCGAGAACACUGUCCAACCAUCUUGUCCUCUGUCAUCCCCUUCUCCUUGUGCCCUCAAUCUUUCCCAACAUCAGGGUCUUUUCCAGGGAGUCUUCUCUUCUCAUGAGGUGGCCAAAGUCUUGGAGCCUCAGCUUCAGGAUCUGUCCUUCCAGUGAGCACUCAGGGCUGAUUUCCUUCAGAAUGGAUAGGUUUGAUCUUCUUGCAGUCCAUAGGGACAUAAACCUGUGCCAGACAACUAGGCAGAGACUGGAGGAAUGUUAAGGAGUUUGUUCUUCCUUGUAGUCCAUACAAUGGGGCCAAUGCACAGAACUGAUUUGUCAAGGAUACAUUCAUCUUUCUGUCUUAUGUGUUUGAAGAUGCUAAAUUGGUCUGGAGUAUUACAGCAACACUAUAAGGUAAGUUUGUGUUAAAGUCACAUGCUUUCCCAUAGAGCUUUAUGAUGCAGCUGCUUCAGGCAGCAGACUGCUAUGGAAGCAACCAUUACCUUGUGUCUGAUCAACAGGUAUGUCUAGCUUUGGUGCAUGACACUUGACCCAGAAGGGGAGACCUGCAUGGAGAUGAGCAAAUCCAUAAUCAUUUACUUCCUAACUGCUGAGGACACACUAGAAAGGUGAUAUUGCUCUUUUUGGAAUGCCCUCUGGCAACGUUUUGACAAGUCUUACAUUUUGUUGCUGCUAUGGUUAAACAGUUGGGAGUCAGAAAUCCUCGCUGAUCUUCUGCAAGGCACCCAGAGAUCUAUCAGUACAUCUCGAUCUACUUUCUGCGCUCCCAAUGCAAACGCAAUCCCCUGGAUUGCCUUACACGUGACUGUAGAGUCUCCAUGUGCCCUGGAGGGAGGGGAUGCUAGAAAAUUAGAGCGAGGAGCGAUGUUUGAUGUCCUGCUCUUUAAGGGAUUAAUAAUCUUUUGGCGUCGGGGAAUAGGCCAAAAAUCUUCCCUUGCAAAAUAAUGAGCAGAGAAACAUUUACUGAUUAGUUUAAUUCCAGAUAAUCCUAUCUGAUGAGCAUAUAUCAAGAGAUCCUUUAACUGAUUUACUGUCAAAAGGCUCAGUCCAGAGCAUGCUCUACUUGGGUUCUUCUUUGCCCCCACCUCCUCCCUCUUGCAAGAAAGAAAGUGUGCAAAUCAUGGGAGAACGCAGUGCAGAAGUGCAAAUGCCAUGUCCGUGCAAAGCAAAGCCCAGGAGCAAAAAAGUACACUGACAAAGGGUUCAGAGUAGAAGAUGCGUAGAAAAUACGCAAGCUAGAGCACGCAACAGGCACAUAUUCCUGCAAAAUCCCCAGGUACACUGCAGAAAGCCCGUCUUUAUGUCUAGCUGGUUGUUUUUGUCUGCUUCUGUGUAAGUAAUCACAUCUCUCUCUCUAAAGUGCAGGAGAUUUAAAACUCUUAUUUCCUCUCCUCUGUCUAUCGGCUUUCUCUCGCUUUUGAGCUUUUAUGUUUCAUAAACUGAUUAGGAGCAAUUAUAUAUGCUUUAUCCCUAAACUUUCCAAAUGACUUGGCCAUAUGCAUAUUUAAGGCUUCCUCAUCCCCGCCAGGAGCUCAGCCUUUAACGUAAAACUGCUGAAAUUAAGCUGAUUCUGGUGCCACGUCAAAAAAAGGGUGGGGGGAGGGGAGGGGGAAAUUAGGGGUUUAUCCAUUAAUAUCUAGUCGGACAGGAAAUUUGUUGUGGGUGGUGGUCGGAUUACUGCUUCUCUAAUUACUACAUCAGAUUUGCUCCCUCGCACUACCAGUGAAAGUCUUCCUCCCCACCCCACCUCAGUAUUUUUACUGUGUUUACAGUUUUAAGCAGGUUUUAAUAAUAACAAAGUAAAAAAGAGUACAAAUAAAUAAUGCAAUUGUCGUUACUUGGAGAUCAUAAAUAAAAUAAAUGUAAAACUCACAAAGUCAGUACCAAGACAUGCCAUCAGUAAAAGAUUUUGCAGCUUGUGACUACAUAGUAACAGACAGUAAUUCCAAAAAUAAAGUACAGAUGACAAGCUAGAAUUUUACUAAAUCCAGACAUUUGCCUAAACCAGUGAGACUUGGGGUCCUUCAGCUGCUACAUUCACAUCAGGGCCAGCCCAAUACAUUUUGGCACCUGAGGUGGACCCCAAAAUUGGGGGGGGGCAGUCCUCCCCACUGGGGAAGUAGAGGUGAAGGAAGUCCUACAUCAGGGACAAGUUGGGGGACGGAAGGUUGACAUUGGGAUCUGCUGCCCCAGCGAAUCCUGCCACCAGAGGCACUCACCUCACCUUGUCCCAUGUGUGGGCCGGCCCUGAUUCACACAGAAAAUAAAAUCAAACCUAAUGACAAUAAAGCAAUAUUGGGCACUUUGGCCUCUGGAUACUUUUAACUUACGCAAAAUAAUUUCAAGGAAGGCAAAUUGCCAAGUCUUGGUAUACCAACAAUCCAAAUUAUCAAGACUGAAAAUCUUCCAAAACUUUGCAAUUGUAGCCUGUUCUGCUGUAAGGAGAUGUGAAACAGAUUCUCUGUUCUUCAAAUCCUGAUCAGUGUUCACAAAUCAAUUUGAAAGUGCCAAUUCUCUGUUCUUCAAAUCCUGAUCAGUGUUCACAAAUCAAUUUGAAAGUGCCAAAUAAGGGGAAGAGUGGACUGUUUACUCAGUUAUUUAUUUAUUUUAUUUAUUUCAUAAAAUUUAUAUACCACUUGAUUGAAAAAACGCACACACCCUCAACAUGGUUUACAAAAGGAGUGAAACAAAAUUAUUGGUAAAAACAGUUUAAAACAGCUAUUUAAAACAUUUUAUAAAAAAUUAAAGGCAGUGAUAAACUCAGCAGCUCUGAGCCCGGCCUUGGCUGGGGAGGGCGGGGUAUAAAUAAAUAUUAUUAUUAUUUAUUAUUAUUAUUAAAAACACUAAUCAACUUUCUACAUAUCUGGAUAGGCUUGUAUAAAAAAAAAUUGUUUUGUUUUAGGUGCCUAAAAGAAUACAGUGAAGGUGCCAGCCUGAUGCCAGUAGGGAGUUCCAAACUGUAGGUACUGCCACACCAUAAGAUCAAUUUCUUACAAAUAUGGAACGGGUGUUAUGUGAUACCUGUAACAGUGGCACAGAUCUAAGCAGUUGAGUGGGCAUUUAUGUUCUCAAUGAUACCUUUUCCCAAAACCCCUGGGAAACCCAGCCAGAUGGGUGGGGUAUAAAUUAUUAUUAUUAUUAUUAUUAAUUUUGGGACAAUUCCACCACAUUUCAAAAAAAGUCUCGUUUUCCUAGCACUCCCUCCAGUAUAAUGGGAUGGCGCUCUAGUGUAUAAAAGAGAAAGAUUGUGACCUUUAAUAUCAGCCAUGUUCUAUUUCCAAUGAGAGUUCUCUAGGAUGUUCCCACCAAGGCCUAUGAUUCUGGUUUAAAUUAAAAGUGGCCUUUAACAAAAUGUUGUACGCAGUGAAACCAGCUCCUUUAUACACUCUGAAGAGUCAACAAUAAUUCUCUCGACUGGGGUUAACUGUCUAGUGACAUCUUUUUAAACUGAUCGGCAGGGAAGAAAUGUUCUUAAUUGACAACCUAAAAGCCCGUGAAGGGGUUUAUCCCCCAAACAAGUUUUCAUUGCCACAAUGGUUAAGGGAGUGCCUUAUUUAUAAAAAUCCAGCAAGAGGAACAAUUUACAAGUUUGCCAGGAGUCAUUGUUAUAUAUCCUGCUUUUAUUUUUUGAAGGGUGGGUAAUGUUACAGUGAUAAGCAGAGACAUUUCUGGUGCUAGAAUCGCCACCCAAGUGUUAAAUAACUUAGGAAUAGAAUUCAUGUUUGCAAAAAUGUUUUUUUUUUUUUUUUACCUUCUACAUUUAUUUAUUUAUUUAUACAACAAGAAAAAAACACACACAAAAAAACACAAAUACCAAAUUACACACCAAUUACAAAAAUAACCAUAGACACAUAAUUUUCUUGGCAAACAAUAAAACAUCUAUUGGUCUUAACACUAAAGACCCAACUUACUGUCUAUUCCAUAUUUCAAAUUCAUAUUACGUAUUGCCAAUACACAUUUUUUUUCAUAAUUAAACUUAUUCUCAAUAAAUCUAAUUUCUUCUAUCUACCUAGCAACUAUCACUGAAGUUCCUCGAAUGCUGCAACAGAAUUUAAACUACUAUAUUUAUUUUUCAGAUAUUCUUUGAAAACCUCCCAUUUAGAAACAAAUUCCUGUUUUGAUUUAUUCUUUAUUUUUUCUGAUAAACCAUCUAAUUCGGCAUAUUCUGUCAGCUUUUGGAUCCAAUCUUGUAUAGAGGGGAUUUCAUUACUCUUCCAUUUUGCUGCGAUCAAAGUUUUGAGAGAGAGAGUUUUGUUUCCAAAAAUGUUUAGUAUUUAGUAAGGCACUAUGUGUCUCAAGGUUCUCCAUUGUUACCCGCUGUAGCCAAAGGAGCUUUUUCCCAAAUCAGUGUGCAUAGGAUUUCAACUAUCAAUUAUAAUACACAAAUUAAUCUCUUAUAGGUACACUAAACUCAGUAUUGUUAAUAUGAACUAAAAUUCCUAAGCAUAUCCUUUCAACCUUCCACAGCUUUAAAAAAGAGAACCCCCUACUUUAUUUACUUAAAUUAAGAACAAUUUUUAACAUGCUAAUAUUUUCAUUAGGAUGUUCUGAAUACAACUACUGUUCCAAAAUGCAUUCAACUUUUAAUGUAAUUCUUAACUUUAAUUUUUGUUCCCUGCUUUCCAACUAGUAGAUCAGUCACCUAAAGAUUUCAGUGGUUCAAUGGGACCAAUUUUGAUCUACAGACCAUGUUGUGCAGCACACAGGUUAAAUUUGGGAAUUGUUUUGUGUGUAAUAUACUAGGGAUUUUGAUUUGUGUGUAAUAUACUAGGGAUUGAAAAGGUUAAAUAUGGUAAUAAAGAUUCACUUUCCUUUGAACAAAUAAGGGUAGUUAUUUAUUGUUUGAAAUGUUCAGGUAGCUUCAUAGUUUAAUUUACCAUAUCUAUUUAAGAUAGAAAAAAAUUGAGAUGCUGGUAAUCUGCAGAUAUAUUUAAAUAUAAUCAGUAACGUAAAUCAAAGGCAGAUGAAUCAAACAAAAUUCUGUAGUUAGAUGACAGCUGUUAUAAAAUGUCUUUACACAUCAGUUUGUGUGUGUGUGUGCUUUUAACAGUGUUACCUGUCUUGAGACCAUGGAACAAUAUAGGCUACAAAUCUCAGGCAUGAAUCAUGUUUAUAUUCUGUAGUCAUCAAUAUUUUGCUGUUCCAAACAGUGCAAUCCUAUACAGUAUAUAUCCCCCAAUAAGUUCAAUGGGGCUUACUCUUUGAUAAGUGGAUACAAAGCAGCCAAUGUUGCUUCUUAAAAAUCUACAGCUAUUUCCCCUUUCCUGGUUUGGGGUAAGCAGAGCUGCUAGCAAAAUUACCAGCAGCCCUAAUAGCAUUGUCAUUAAUGAGUCAGUCUGAAACUACUAACUCCUUCUUUUCUUUUCUUUUCCUUCACACCUGACUAAUUCAAAACGAGAUUCCAGCUUUUUCUUAUAAACCAAGAAUAAUAAUGAUCAAAAAGCAAUCGUCAAAAGCAAAACCAUAAAACCCAAGCCAUUCACAUCACAAUUACCCUAAAUGAAAGUUAUUGUUUUGCUAAUCCCAGGAACAGCUUGCAAGGGGAGAUUUGGGUCUUUCUUUAAUAAUGUAAAGUUAAUACGCAGUCCUCUUGUAAUUAUCUUUAUCAGAAGACCCCUGUUUAAUCUGCAUGUUUAGCAGAAAAGGACCAAAUCAAAAAGUGAUCUGCUUUAGAGCACUUGAUGUAAGCUGUUUGUAAAUCGUUUGCAUAAACAGAUGAAGCGGGGAAAUGCAAUCCAGGUGCAAGAAAUGGAAUCAGAGGUACAAAUAGCUGCAGUCUCCCCUCUCCCGCUUUCCUGUUUUUGUUUGGUGACACGUGGCUUGUGGUUAAACGCAACAACUCUCUCAAUUUAAAAGAGAGAGCCUGAAACCUAGCAGAUUUUAGCUUUACUGAUGGAUUUGACGGAUGCUAAAAAUAAAGUUGACCUGGAAUCACAGCUUGAAUUUGACCAAGCCUGAUGCCAGUGUCCAAAAGACACACUGAAGAGCUGGCAAGCUGGCUUUGUUGGUCAGCCAAAUAACAAACCACCCAGAAACAGUGUGGAAUUUGCAGUUUUUCUUUCUUUCCUUAAGAAUGCAUUUUAGUUAGGAUAUAUUUCUCUUGUGAUCACUGCUAAUGCAGAAUAGAAACUGGGAGGGGAGAAAGCCAGUUUAAAACCAAUUGUACAUGCUAACCAAUGUAGGUUUUAUGGUGGAAUUUCAACAUGGAGUGUGUUCCUGAGAGAUACCUUACAAUCUCCCCUGAUACAACACAGAUUUGGAGCAAGUUGCUUUCAGGUGUCCUUUCCCCUCCCAGUAAUUGCCAAAAUAAACAAUAAAUGAGAAGUGUGUGUGUGUGUGUGUGUGUGUGUGUAUGAGAGAGAGAGAGGGGGGGGUAUGUGUGUGUGUGUCAGUUUAUCUCUUCUUUUCUGCUCACAUGUGAAGUGGAAGUUUCUAUUCUGUAUCAAUAAUUUUGAGGGGCUAAAGGGUAGCAAUUAUUCCAGAUUAAUUCUUACAGAACAGAUUGCUGCAAUCCUAGGACUAUCAUUUACAGAAUAGGGAGCACUGAAAGGAGAGUAAAGGGAGGCUUGCUCCCAAGAAGUGCUGGAUGUUUUGGGGAAGUUUAAAUCAUAAACUGGAAAUUAAGAUAAGGCUACAAUCUUAGACAUGUUUAUUUGAAAGUUAACUUUAAAAAGAUCAGUGGGAUUUGCUGGAGAUUUGGUGUGGGAGAAUUCAUGUCGUAGGGUCCAUUAUUUCUCUUUCGGAUAUCUAAAAUGUGGGACAAGCCUUGCCCCCUCCCCAGAAAUACACUUGCCUCUUCUGUACCACCCCACAGCUUCCACCUGCCCCCAAUGCUGCCCAUGCUAUCAAUUGUAGAUGGACUGAGAAGCAACUCCCUCUUCCCUUUGGUAUAAUCACAAAAGCAGCUUGUAGAGUGCAGCGGCUGAGAGUCAUUUGUACACCUGACACUGAUUCCUGCCCCCCUCCCCAAAAACAAAAAUCCAUUUCCCAUUUCUUUUUGUGCAGCUUACUAAUGGAACACCAAAACACCAGUGAACAGACAGCAAUAUAUUGUCUAAGAUCCUAAGCGAAAAGGACAAUGUGUCUGUGAGCACAUGUGCCAGUGAAGAGCUUUUUUUAAAGUUGAGGGCCACAUUUCCUUCUAGGCAACCUUCCAGGGGCCAUAUGCCAAUAGUGAGUGGGGAUCAGAGGCACUAAUAGGUGGAGCAACAAAUGUAUAUUUUACCUAUGUGCAGUAGGCUAGUUUCUACACAUGUUGCUCACAGACCCUAGUCUUUAGCUAGGCUAGCAGGAGGCACAACUAGAGUUCAAGGACACAUUUCAUGCUCAUGGAGGGUGUGAAGCAAGCCAGUAAGGGGUACAGCCUGGAGAAAAAUAAUGUCAUUAGGGAGAGUACCCAGACUGAGAGGCUUGGAGGGCUGCAUUUGGGGGGGCAGGGGGAUUGAUAUGAAGAGAGGCAGACUCCUUGGUUUUCUCCAUCUGUGUUGCUUUGUUUGCCCCCAUCCCAUUGUUUACCAUCUUGUCUGAUGAAGAACUAUGGAGAACUCAAAAGCUUACACAUUGCUUUGUGAUAGUUUAAGGUAAAGGGACCCCUGACCAUUAGGUCCAGUCGUGGCUGACUCUGGGGUUGCGGCGCUCAUCUCACUUUAUUGGCCGAGGGAGCCGGCAUACAGCUUCCGGGUCAUGUGGCCAGCAUGACUAAGCCGCUUCUGGCGAACCAGAGCAGUGCACGGAAACACUGUUUACCUUUCCACCAGAGUGGUACCUAUUUAUCAACUUGCACUUUGACAUGCUUUCGAACUGCUAGGUUGGCAGGAGCAGGAACCGAGCAAUGGGAGUUCACUCCAUUGCAGGGAUUCGAACCGCUGACCUUCUGAUCGGCAAGUCCUAGGCUCUGUGGUCCAACCCACAGCGCCACCCACCUUGUGAUAGUUUAGUUGUCCUAUUAAAGGUAUUGCCUUAAUAUGGAUUUUGGCAUUCAUGCAACAAAUAAGCUUGCUCAUGGGACCUGUCCAGGGUUCUGAAGGAUUUGUUUCUGAUUGCAUGUGCUUUUUAAUUUUGUCCCCCGUCCUUAAGAGUCCUUAGAGUUGUAACUUUCCUGCCUGUUAGUCCCCUGCUCUGUGAGUCUACCAUAAACUCCUGCCUAACUUUCUUCCUUCAGACUCCCAUGGACUCAUCCUUGCCUUAAUUGGAAAAGGGUUUUUCCCUGUCUGGGGGAGAAGACAAUGGUACCUCUAUUGGAAGAUGCCAUAGUUCAGUGGCAGAGCACAUGCUUCCCAUGCAAAAGGCCUCAGGCUCAAUCUCUGGCAUUUCCAGCUAAAAGGCUCAAGUUGUGGGUAAUGAGAAAGCCUGAGAGCUGCUGCCAGCCAGAGUACAGAAAUUGGGGCUAGAAUGAUGAACAAAUGGCUUGAACUUCUGUAAGGCAGCUUUGCAGAUACAGUCUGGCUGCCAUGGCUUACAAUAUAUAUUACUUCUAAUGGGAUGUUUUGUAAAGCAUGCUGUGUUUUUAAUAAAUCAUCUGUUCCUCCUGUGCCAUCAGCACUCCCUCACUACAUGGAGAAUUAAGACAGAACAGGCAAUUAAAGGUAUCCAAGGGUUCAUUGCCAAGAAAUCUGAUGGUUCUUGAUUUUCCAGGUCCGAAUGGCUGCAGAUGAUUAUUGGGAUGCCUUCACUGUCUAAUUAAUGGUUAUGCUAAAUAUGCUACAGUGUAGACCCCCACUUAUGGGACGCGGGUGGCACUGUGGUCUAAACCACUGAGCCUUGGGCUUGCCGAUCAGAAGGUCGGUGGUUCGAAUCCCCACAAUGGGGUGAGCUCCCAUUGCUCGGUCCCUGCUCCUGCCAACCUAGCAGUUCAAAAGCAUGUCAAAGUGCAAGUAGAUAAAUAGGUACCACCCUGGCGGGAAGGUAAACUGUGUUUCCGUGUGCUGCUCUGGUUCGCCAGAAGCGGCUUAGUCAUGCUGGCCACAUGACCCGGAAGCUGUACGCCGGCUCCCUCGGCCAAUAAAGCGAGAUGAGCACCACAACCCCAGAGUUGUCCGUGACUGGACCUAAUGGUCAGGGGUCCCUUUACCUUUAGACCCCCACUUACAGUUAUGCUGCAUUAGUAUCUCUGAACAGACACCCUGCUAUCUUGCUAGUGGUUGUCUUUAGCAUUCUUUAUUACUAUCUGUCGCCAUAUCACUAUGACAGAAUGAAGAGGUGGUUAAGGGGUGACAAUAUCCAGUGGUCCUGAGGGGAAGACCGUAGCUCUGUGGCAAAACAUCUGUUUUGCAUGUAGAGGGUCCCAUGUCCAAUCCCUGGCAUCUGUAGGUGGGGUUGGGAGAGAACCCCAUCUGAAACGCAGGAGAGCUGCUGCCAAUCAGUGUAGGCAGUACUGAGCUAAAUGGACCACCUGUCUGACUUGAUAUAGCUUCCUAUGGGCUAUGCCUUGAGAAUUCACAAAAGGGCAACCAAAAUGAUCCAGGGGGUGGAGCUACUCUUCUAUGAGGAAGGGUUGCAGCUUUUGGGACUUCUAGGUUUAGAGAAAAGGAGAGUAAGGCGACAGGAUAGAAGUUUGUAUAACACUGGAAUUCGUAGGCACCCAAUGGUGGAGGAUUUUGGACAGAUAACAUACUUUUUAAUGCAGCACAUGGAACUCUCUUCCACAAGAGGCAGGGAUGGCCACCAACUUGGAUGGCUUCAAAAGAGGAUUAGACAAAUUCAUGGCAGUAUGUUUCUGAAUGCCAGUUGCUGGAAACUGCAGGAAAGGAGGGUGUCGUUGCAGUGAGGUCCUGCUUGCAGGUUCUCGCAGGGAUCUGGGUGGCCUGCAGCCUCUUCUUGUGUGCCAGCGACGGGGGGUGGGGUGGGGGUGGACGGUGUUGAGGGCAGGGAGAUGGGGGACACACGCCGAAGCUGCUGGGGCUUGCGCACCUCGUAGUGAAAUCUGUUGUUGAUUAGUCGUUUAGUCUUGUCCGACUCUUCGUGACCCCAUGGACCAGAGCCCGCCAGGCACUCCUGUCUUCCACUGCCUCCCGCAGUUUGGUCAAACUCAUGCUGGUAGCUUCGACAACACUGUCCAACCAUCUCGUCCUCUGUCGUCCCCUUCUCCUUCUGCCCUCCAUCUUUCCCAACAUCAGGGUCUUUUCCAGGGAUUCUUCUCUUCCUUCUCAUGAGGUGGCCAAAGUAUUGGAGCCUCAGCUUCAGGAUUUGUCCUUCAAGUGAGCACUCAGGGCUGAUUUCCUUAAGAAUGGAUAGGUUUGAUCUUCUUGCAGUCCAUGGGAGUCUCAAGAGUCUCCACCAGCACCAUAAUUCAAAAGCAUCAAUUCUUCGGCGAUCGGCCUUCUUUAUGGUCCAGCUCUCACUUCCAUACAUCACUACUGGGAAAACCAUAGCUUUAACUAUACGGACCUUUGUUGGCGAGGCGAUGUCUCUGCUUUUUAAGAUGCUGCCUAGGUUUGUCAUCGCUUUUCUCCCAAGAAGCAGGCGUCUUUUAUUGUUACUCUGAGCAAAUAAUACCCAAGUCAGAAAGCGGAGAGGGAAACGAGGGAGGGGGAGCAGGGGAAAGAGUGAUAGGACCGCGAGGAAAUUGGUGGCAAUUAAUUCUCAGGGAGUGACCCCCCCCCUCCGUCCGCGCACACUUUCCCUGCAGCUGAUUGGCGCCGGACGGCUUGGGGCGCGCAGGAUAAAAAGCCUCGGAGAGUCUCUCGGCGCUUGUGUGUAGGCGCCCGGCUGCCGAGGAGAGGCGAGCAGAGGCGGCAGCAGCAGCAGCAUGACGGGCCGCGAAGAGAUCGCGGAGGGCAAAGCCAAGGGGAAAGCGCUGACGCCCAGCGGAGGAGGCGGCGGCCCCGAGAAGGCGCGCUUAGGGAGCCCGUCGGGCGGCAGCCUGCGCUCCAAGGGCUUCGCCAUCACCGACCUGCUGGGCUUGGAGGCGGAGCUGCAGCCGCCCGCCACCUCCUCCGUGACCGGCUCGGGCUGCGAAGGCGGCGGAGGGGCAGCGGGACUGGCAGGAGGCGGCGGAGGUCCCUUGCCCAUGGGCUUGGGCUUCUUGUGCGGCUUCGCCACGCAGCAGCCGGCCGGGGCGCAUUGCCUCCUGCCGGCGCACCUGCCCUUUCUGCAAGCGCGCCCGGAGCACCAUCACCACUCGCACCACCACCCGAGCCACCACCCGCACCAAUACGGCCCCGGAGCCGAAAAGCACAAGGAGAACAUCUCCGGUAAGCGAGAUCCCGCUUGGGGCAGGUCCUCUCCGGAGGGAGGGGAACCCAGGAGAGCGACUGCCGUGGGGCGAGAGGCCGGGAGGGGUGGAGGAGCGCAGGCCGGGUUAGAUGGAGCAGUGAGCGGCCGGAGGAAGCGCACCAAGCAGGGCAGGAGCCCGACCUUUGCGCAGCGUGGCUGCUUCGGAACAGCGCUGCUUUCCGCAGGGCGCACAGACAGCACAGAGCCGCCGAGAGGCUGGCUGGCAGGCAGGCCCCGAUCAGUUCCUUUUGGACACCUCCGAAGUUCCAAGAGCACUUUGAAAGAGUUGCUGUGUGCCACCUUACGGACCGAGAGAUCUUUUGGUAGGGUCAGCGGGCUGGAGUCUUCUUACCAGAUGCGUGAAAUAUCCUCAUUUGGUAGGUGCGUGCACUGCACGCCAUAGAUAGACAAACGAACAAACCAACCAACCAACCAACCCGUUAGGUCUUCAUACUGCAUGGGUCUUGCAUUAAUGGGCUAUCACCAAUCUUUAUUUUCCAGCGCAACAUGCAAAUUUGGUUCCCAUAUCUAAAGCUGAUAACAAUCUUAAGUUUAAUAUACAGUGGUACCUCGGGUUACAUAUGCUUCAGGUUACAGACUACGCUAACCCAGAAAUAGUACCUCGGGUUAAGAACUUUGCUUCAGGAUGAGAACAGAAAUCGUGCAGCGGUGGCAGCAGGAGGCCCCAUUAGCUAAAGUGGUGCUUCAGGUUAAGAGCAGUUUCAGGUUAAGAACGGACCUCCGGAACUUAACCCGAGGUACCACUGUAGUUGCUAACAGAUAUCCUGUGCCUUUUAAAAGCAGUAUAAUAUGAACCACCACAACAUGAGGUUUCCUCAACUCUCACUACAUCUCUGUACAGGCAAAAGUGCCACCUGUUGAAUCCUGGAGAUCAUGUAGCUGUUAAACAGGACCUGUCUGUGUCCAUGAAAAAGGUGUUUGCAUCCUGUCCUUCCAAUAACCCACAUUACAGCUUCACAACAUUAUAACACCCUACGGUGUGUUGAGAAACAGUAACUUGGAAACAUAGAAAGAAUCAGACCACUAGUCAAUCUAGUCAAAUUUUGUCAACAUUGACUGGCAGCAGCUCUCCAGAAUUUAAGACACGAGUCACUGCUAGCCCUUCCUGGAGAUGCUGAGGAUUGAACCUGAAACCUCCUAUGCACAAAGUACAUGUUUUACCACUGAGCUACGGCCCUUCCCAAAGCGAGCCCAUACCCAGCCAGUGAGCUUCAUGACUGAGCAGGAAGUUUAUCAUAUCUGUCACCAAUACUCUAGCCCCUGUUCUAGCCAAAGGCAGAGCUACAUGGAUAUGCUAAUGCUUUACAUGAAAUCCUGGUGACCUGAUCUGCUGGGGGAAAGAUUUGGAAGGAGAUGAUUUGGAGCACCAGGCGGCUAUUUCAGAACCAUUAACUGUUGGCAGACAUUAAAUAAUUUCUGCAAAUAAAAGUGCUGAUGAGAGAACUCCAAAAAGAUCUGAAACAAUCCUUGUAUGGAUGGGCCAUUUGGAUGACAAGCUUCUGCAUGUGGGAACACACAUGUACAAAUAUUUUCACAUGUGCAAAUGUUCACACAGAUUCACCAAGGACCAUUUCUGUGACAUUCUGUUUAUAAGGGAUCACUUUUGGAUGUGCAGAUGUAAAUAGGUGUGGAAAUAUUAGGCAAACAGCUUGUUGGGACAGGUGAGUCCAUGGGAAGAAUCUAACAGCCUUGCUUCUUACAGCACUAUUAUUGGGUGAGGAGCAUGGGUCAAAUAUUGUGGCACGGUGUUUUCCAGUGUGUGAUUUUGGUAAUUAUCUCUGUGGGUGAACACUAGGACUUGGAAGUUAUAUGCACAUUUUCACUCAUGCAUGUUUUCACUCAAAUCCUUUUCAUACAACACACACAAAACCAUGCUUGAGUUUCUCUUCAGUGGUUAUAGUUCAUUUAGCUGCAGUGUUGAACAUCAGCAUGGCCAAUGGCAAUCAAAGGUAGGCCUUUCUCACUUGAUUGAAACCCUCCACCACGGUGGGGUUCUAACCAGGUAGGAAACACCAUGGCACUGGGCUUCCUCAGGUUUCCCAUGGGAUUCAAUCACUGCUGUGCAAGCGUGUGAUGGCAGCCUCUGUCUUUCCAGGGAAGAGAUUAAAGGAAUGCCUGCUUGAGUUAGUAAUCUCAGAGGCAGCACGGCUGCCAGCUGAGAGGUCAGCAUAAAACUGAAGGAGGGAAAGGGCACUAAAAUACUAUUGAGCUGAAAAUUUCAGCGGCUGUUUGAAGGUGUUGGUUCUUACAGAAUUUUGCUCAGCUAGAGUUCUCUUGGGUUUUUUAAGGGUUCUGCAAAACAGUAUACAUUGGAAUAAAAAACUGUCCUAUGCACUAUGGGAGAACGGAGGCGUUUCAAAGUAAUUUGCUUAAACAAGCAAUCUCAUAUAAUAUUUGAUUCUGUAUAUCUUAUGCAUUAAUAAAAUAUUGAAAUGGAAAAAUAAAGGCUGUUUGAUAACUUUUAUUGUGAUUCAGAGAAGGCUCCAUCUAGGACCAACUAGGUUUACUUUGGAGCCCCCUAUUCUGUUGGUCCCUUGGUAGAAGAAUUUGACUUCCUCUGAUUCUAUUCCUGCCUUAGCCUUCUGCCCACCUGCUCUAGUUGCUCUGCUAAUGCUAAAAAGCUGGUGUUUGUGGCAGCUUCCCUCCCAUUUAUUUUGCCAGGCAGCGGAGAUGGCUGGAGUUGACCUAUAUUCCUAAUGACUGAGGAGAGCAGUUUCAAUCAGCUCUGGCCACUUGCCAGCCCUGUUUGUAGUCCUGGUUGGCAGCCACCUGCCCCCCUCCUUGGUGCUUGCCACAACAGGGACUAUUGGACAUAGGCUGGUUCAAAGGUGGCAUAUGUGGUAGGUAACAGUCAAUAUAUGCUCAUCAGUGGCUAUUUCUUGACACUGAAGAUGCUGUACUAAGUAGAAUAUUAGUUGGCACUGCAGCUGUGAAAUGCCCUCCCUGGGGAAGUCUACAGAGCUCCCUCUCCCAUUUUUAGAUGGGCCUUAAAAGCAGAGUUGCCAUUAACAAAUUCUACUUCUGAAAGCUGUCUUGUUGGAUUUUUACACUAAUGUUGAUUUUCUUCACAGUAAUUUUUAUUUCUCUUUUACAAUUUGGAAACGGCUUUGGGGGGAAAAAUCUGUUUUAAAUAAGUUGAAUAGAACAAUGCUUAUAUGGGGAAAACUUUUGAUCUAUAUUUAUGUUUUUCUCCCCAACCCAAAUAUUAGAUGAAGACAGUUUGUCGGGGGACAAGAACAACCUCAAGGCAUCCGAUUCUCAGAUCAAGAGAAAGAAACGGCGGCACAGGUAUGACAGAUAAAUAUAACUGGAGUCUUCCCAGACACAGCUUGUAGCAUUAGAUCCCAAAGUUAAACUUUGUAAGUACGCUACAUUCUCUCUCUUUAAAAUCUCACUUAAGCUGCAAUCUUAUAUUCACCCACCUGGGAGUGAGGAUCAUUGAACUCAAUAGGGCUUAACCUCUGAGUAGACACACACAAUAGGAUUUCACUGUUAGCAUUUCUGUAUUGUAUUGGACAGUAUUGUAUAACUUUUUAAAAUGAGUUAUCUGGUUUGUAGAUGUUGGAGAAAGAAACUGCCACUUGAUCAGACAUAUGAAUUUUUGCUAGAGAAUUCUGGGGCUUGGGACAAGACAGAAAUCACACCAUUUAACCUGGAAGUCCUAAUGGUUAGUUGUGGUUACUCAGUGGCAAAGGAAAGACACUUUGCACAUGGUCAGAAUCUUUUUCUUUUUUUAUAUGCUCAGUGCUAAGCCUCAGCAGUGAAAACAAUAUAUUGGGGAAAACCUGGCUCAAAGUUAGCCCUGAAGGCACAACAGAGACAUAGCUCAGUAGUAAAACCCAUGUUUUCCACACAGAAGGUCCCAGGUUCAAUCCCCAGCAUCUCCAGUUGAAAAAAGGAUUAGCAAGUGAUGGGAAAAGCCUGAGACCUUGAAGAGCUAAUGCCAGCCAGUGUAGGCAGUACUGGGCUGGAUGGACAAGUAGCCUGACUUAGUAUAAAGGUGGCUCUCUGUGUUCCCAGAUUAACUGAGCCAUCCUAACCAUGUCUACUCAGAAGCAAGGCCUAUUUAAUUCAAGGGGGCUUACUCCCAGGUAAGUGGGGUUGUAAACCUAUGCAUAUCUAAGGUUGCACUGUCUUGAAAGCACAACAGUAAACUUCUAGGCAGCAUGAAAUCUGAUUGAGCUAGGAGAUUCUGAGUUAAUUUAAAUCACAGGUUGUUAAAGAAAGGAUUUCUCUUCCAUUUUAGACUUGGAAGACCUGGUAAUAUUUCUGGAUUUUACAGAAAAAAAUAAAUUCCUAGGCAGAUGGAAACACAAAGGGACACCCUUCUAUGCCAGUUCUUAUUUUGUACAGCAUUCUGGAAGUUAUAGUUUGCGCUCUGCCUGCUUGUCUGAGCAGCAGAGCUUGGGGUGGACUCUAGCUCCCUCUUGUUCAUUCCCAUUACCUUGCACAAGAGCAAGGUACCGUAUUUUUCGCUCUAUAAGAUGCACCAGACCACAAGACGCACCUAGUUUUUGGAGGAGGAAAACAAGAAAAAAAAUAUUCUGAAUCUCAGAAGCCAGAACAGCAAGAGGGAUCGCUGAGCAGUGAAAGCAGCAAUCCCUCUUGCUGUUCUGGCUUCAGGGAUAGUUGCACAGCCUGCAUUCGCUCCAUAAGACGCACACACAUUUCCCCUUACUUUUUAGGAGGGAAAAAGUGAGUCUUAUAGAGCAAAAAAUACGGUAAUUUAGACAUCAAGGUCUCAGACUAGGUUGGAACAACUCCAAUCAGCCCGUCAGUAAACCCAAUGGUCAAGGAUGAUGGGAGCUGGAGUCCAUCAUCAGCUGGUGGCUACUAGUUUCCCAACCCUGCCUAAGGCAUCAAAGAUUAAAAGUCACAAAUAACCGUGCUGCUUUUAUAUUAGUGAGAACAUUGUGGGCACUUUUCCCAUAGAAAGCAAUGCCAAAAAAUACAGCUCAUAUGUUAAUUUCUCAUUUCUCCAAAUGUUCCUGGACUAUAUAAUUCCCAUCAUCCCUGACCAUUAGCCAUGCUGACUGAGGCUUAUGGGAGGUGGAGUUCAAUAAUACUGGGGACCACGAAAUAUUGUCUGAGGCCUGCAGGAUGAAUGAAGUCCAUCAACCAUGUACUCCAUCACACACACAUGCAAACACACACACUUGCAGUUCCAGGCAAAUAGCAAAUACAGGAGUUUAACAAGUUCACUUGGUAUUUCUCACUCUGGACUGUAUAAUUCCAACUACACAUCUGCUACUAGGGCAGAAAGUUGUUUCUAAAGGAUGUGACACGGCCAUCUAUGAAUUACUGGGUUUAUUGUCCCUGUAGGACUGUGUUUACUGCCCAUCAGCUGGAGGAAUUGGAAAAGGCUUUCAAUGAAGCCCACUACCCGGAUGUGUAUGCCAGAGAAAUGUUAGCCAUGAAAACAGAGCUCCCUGAGGAUAGGAUACAGGUAUGUUGUUUGUUAUUGUUAAGCCACCAUAAAGUGUGGAAAUGGAAAGUUCAUUUAGGGAAGUUUUUAAUGUUUGAAGUUUUAUUCUGUUUAAUAUUCUGUUGGGAGCCUCUCAGAGUGGCUGGGGAAACCCAGCCACAUGGGUGGGCUAUAAAUAAUGAUGAUAAUAAUAAUAAUUAUUAUUAUUUACAGUCCUCAGUAAAGGCUGCCUGUAUUGAGUGUCAACACAUUCAUUUAAAGCACUGAUCAAACACAAGUCAUGGGAGCUUACUAGACCCUCAGGGCAGGUAGGAAUGGAUAUGAUCCUGGACUACAAUUCCUAUCAUGCCUGACCAUUGACCAUGUUGGCUGAGGCUGAAGGAAGUUGAAGACCAACAGCAUCUUUUAUUUUCAGUUAAAAAAAAUGUUGAGUAUCUGCCUGAUGGGGAAUUUGGUACUCUAGCCCAUCUGACUUUGACAUCUUUGGAUUAAGGAGUGGCUGGGUAAAUAGCUGUAAGGAAUUAUUUUUUCCUAGCAAAUUGUGCAACAGUGCAGGAGGCUAGGCUGUAUAAUCUUCCAGCCAUCUGAUUCUAAUUCAGCUCUAUAAAAAUGUACAAUGGUACCUCGGGUUACAGACGCUUCAGGUUACAGACCUCGCUAACCCAGAAAUGGUACCUCAGGUUAAGAACUUUGCUUCAGGAUGAGAACAGAAAUCACGCAGCAGGGGCGCAGCAGCAGCAGGAGGCAUUAGCUAAAGUGGUGCUUCAGGUUAAGAAUAGUUUCAGGUUAAGAAUGGACCUCCAGAACGAAUUAAAUUCUUAACCCGAGGUACCAUUGUAUAUAGAUGGACAGGAAUGGCCCAUUGAAAUAAGUAAAAAAUAACUGAUGUUAGUUGCAAUAUCUAGCCUGCACUUUCCAAUAUUAUGACUCUCCUGCCACUGUAAAUUUGCACCAACAGGGUGCUGGUACUAUACAAAAUGUAGAAGUGACAUAAUCCCAGACCAGGUAGUAUUUUACAAGUAAGGCAGUGUUAUGUAGUAUUAAGAAAGAAAAAUAAUAGCAAAAGGAGUGAAGGUUAACCUUAUCAGUUAAUUUAUGUAGUAUCAUCUUCACCUGGAACAAAGAGUUUUUUUCAGCGGGAACUCAGUUCUGGCACCUCUCAGGUGGGCACCAUUGCCAUUAUAAGAGAACAAAGGAGGUGUUCAUGGUGGCUUCCAGCACUUCUGUUUCUAGAAAAAUAGCACUGAACACAAUGAAAGGAAAAAGAAUUUCUAUUGCUUAUUUAGUGCAGGAAUAAGAUUGAGAAACUGUUAAUUUGGUUGUGUGUGUUUUCCAUCUUAUUUAUGCCAACAGAGAACUCAAAAAUUACUUAGAGCAUAUGCUUUCUUGAUCUGACAUGUUUUAUUUGAUAUUCUUUCCUCCCCCCUCCCCAUCAGUCCUCCACACAAAUAUGGAUACUUUUGCUAAAUAUAUACUUCUUGAUGUACAUCCAAAAGGUUUGGUUUCAAAACCGAAGAGCCAAGUGGCGAAAGCGUGAGAAGUGCUGGGGCCGCAGCAGCGUGAUGGCAGAAUAUGGUCUCUAUGGUGCUAUGGUGAGACACUCCAUCCCACUACCUGAAUCAAUCAUCAACUCUGCCAAAAGUGGGCUUGUGGGCUCCUGUGCCCCCUGGCUGCUCGGUAAGCAAACAUAUAGUGCUCUGCAUUCGCUGGUUGGGCUGAAACUCAGUUAAUUAAGUGGGGAGGGCUUUCAAAAUGAAAGCCACUACUGGGGUAGAGAGCAGACUUAGGCUUCACAGCCUUCAUCCCAAUUGUGUUGCUGAGUGCAUUUGUGGGCACUGCUGCAAUGCUGGUGAAAUCUACCUUCCAACCCUCACUGUUAAGGAUCCCACUGUGUUGGGGUGGGUGCGCACUCAUGUGUUUGCUCAUGCUUGCACACAUACAACUUCUUAUAAUAUACAUAUCCAUUCUCUAGUUACACCCUAUACACCUGCUCUCUACCCCAGUAAUGCUUGUCAUUUUGAAAGCCCUUUUCACUUCAUUAACUGAGAAAUAAGGAAGUGAUUGUUAGCUGACUUGUCAUCACUUUUAUAAAGCACUAGAGUGAAAUUUCGAUUUAAUUACAUAAAGCGACCUUUUGUUCUUGUGUUAAGCACAGAUUAACCUUUGGUUAAGAAUUUUAUCAGAGCUGAUAGAACAGCUUUCUUCCUAGUCCUUCAAACUUCCUCCUUGUACGACAGGGACAUUGCAUGGAGAAAACAGCUGCCUUGCUUGUGAAAUCCCCUAUGGAGAUCCCGCCAUGCUUGAAUAUCAGAAGCAGAGCUACUGACCUGUCUUCCAUGAAUCCAGUUGUAUGAUAUCUUAGUAUGCAUGGCUAAUGAUGGGACCAUGUGGAUGGGGAGGGCAGAUCUGCUCAUGUGUUUUACAUGAGCAAGCUAUGGCAUGUGUGGUACUGCAAUGGAUGCAGCCGUUGAUGACUAUUAUUUAUUUUUAUUUCACAAUAUUUAUAUACUCUUUGAUUGUAAUGAAACUUCAAAGUGGUGUACAACAAGAAUAAAACGAUAAAAUUAUCAGUUAAAAAAAGUUAACCAUUUAAAACAUUCAAAAAAUAAUUAAAAGCAAUGAUAAACUAAAAACUGUAUUAAAACACAUGUCAAUAUUUAACAUGUCUGAACAGGCUUGCCUAAGCAAAAAUGCUUUUAACCUGACACCCAAAAAAGUAGAGUGAUGUACUCCUGAUGUCAGUAGACAAGGAGUUCUGAAAUAUGGGUGCUGCUGCACUAAAAGGUAAAUCUCUUACAAAUGCAUAAUGAUUAUUGUGCGGCCCCUGUAUUAGUACUAGUUCUGCAGAUUGAAGCAAUUGAGCGGGCAUAUACGGGAUAAGGUUAUCUUGCAGGUCUACUGAUUUCAGUGGGCUGCUAUGAGUUUACCCCAAUGAGUUUCAGUCAAGCUAGAGUGUGCUAGCUUUCUCAGUCACUGUUAGGUUUAAUCAGUAUUCUCUCUCAGUACUCUCUCUGGUCUUUGCUUUUCUUUAAAGGAAUGCAUAAAAAAUCAAUGGAUGUUACAACUAAGCCCGAAAGCGAGGAAAAGGGGAACAGUGACUGGAAAUCUCAACGCCCUGAAGAGGAAUUAAAAAUUAAGCAGGUAGAGCAGGAAAGAAGCUCCACUGACAAAUUUACCUCAAUGGACAAUUCGGAUGACAUUGCAAUGGAUCUCUCCAGCACAGCAAAGCAUGAGAAAAAGCACGACACUUUGAGACAGUGUCUCAGUGGAGGCCCCCAGCCCAAAAUGAAGGACAGUGAGCACUAAGAAUCAGAAAGAGGAGAGAUGUGGUACAAUAGAAAAUAAAUAAAUGAAGAAACCUCUUCAAUGC